AUGAGGAAUGUGUCUCAAAAAGAGGAAGGGCUUCAGAGAUCCAUGAAGGAAGUGAACGGCUAUCAGAAGAGGUCAGAUGGACGAGGAAUCUCCGGCUGCCCCUUUUUCCUCUGGGGACUUCUAGCCUUCUUUGGUUUGGCUCUGGUUAUAUCGUUAAUCUUCAAUAUUUCCCACUAUGUAGAGAAGCAGCAACAAGACAAAAUGUACAGAUACUGUGAUGACUACAUUCCAAGAGCUGAAGAAUAUUACGUUGAAGAUACUCCAAUUUAUGGUAACUUAGAUAAUAUAAUCCCAGAAGCAAUGGAUGAGGACUGCUAUGAGCAAAUGAAAGCUCGACCACAAAGGUCUGCAAGUGAUAUGCAAGAAGCCCCCACAUCUGGACAGGGACGUGCCGAAGAUCAGAUGUGCUAUGCCACACUGGAUCACAGCUUCAAGGGGAAACGCAGAAGGCCCAGGAAACAGAACACUAAUUUGUUAGACAGGGAAAAGGAUGCACAAGUGUGUGCAAUGGAUGCCAACAUUUCUCAGAUCAAUUUGGUAGAAAGUUCCCCACCAGAUAACCAGGCAGUAGAGGAAAGUGUUCAUGAUGAUCCUGCAAGACUGUUUGGAUUAAUCCGUGCCAAGAGAGAGCCUGCAAUCUAGCUGGAUGAUGAUCCAGCUCACUGAUAAGCAUCCUAUCAGAGAUGGUUAAGAAAACAAGAGGGCUGGCAGGACAGUCUGCUCAUUUGUCGAUGGGAUGGUAGCUUCCUUUUUCUUCAGAGAUUGUGUCUCCACACACUAAAUCUAGUGCCAUUAAAUUUAAUUACCUGAAUUCAGUUAAAAAAUAUCCAAGUAGGAAAAGUAAAAUAAUAAAAUCCAGUUUGCAAAUUAAGUUACUUGAUUACAAAGCCAAAAUGUAUAGCAAUACCUAGGAAAAUUUUCAAAAAAUUUAAAAGUACAUAUGUGCUCUAGGAUAUGUCACUUGAAAGAUAAAAGCCAAUGUCUUAAAAUAUUAAUCAAUUGAACAUUUCCUCUUUCAUCAAUGUGAAUAAAUAAUUAGAAAUUUCAUAUUGAA